GAUUUCAUUUUAAAAUAAAGUAAAACACUUAAAUGUUUUGUUUUACAGAAUAAAAACUGAUGUAUGCAGUGCUGGACAUUAUAGUAUAUAAACCUUUAUAAAUAUGGCACAGCUGAUAAGGAGACAGACUUGCUUCAGAAUGGUUCGGAAACAGAGAGAGGAUCUGUUAUUUCAAACUAGAGAUUUAGCAAGUUGGCACGAGGUAAGGAGACUGUUACAGCCAGAAUUAUAUACACCCAUAUUUGAUGAACAAAGACAUCCUGAUAAUGCAGGUGAAACAGCAUCAAACUGUAAAACAACGGAAAACCAGUGUGUCAAUCAUAGCAUAGUCGGAUACGAGGUCUUAACAAAAUUAUGUCGAUCACUGAAGCAUUCUCUUCAGCAGAAGUGUGUACAGCUAAGACAUCAGAAGUAUGACUGCUAUUCAAGUAAUAAGGAUUCACUGACUCCGGGAAGAACACAUACCGAACAAAGUAUUAUUUUUCACAGUUGUGUGGCGAAAGCAAUGUCUAAAUUUUGCAAUUGGUCAGAGCCAAUACCUGAAUUUAAUGUUGUGUUAGAUACAUUAAAAGAUAAUUGUGUAUCUAGGCCUACCUCUCAGAAUUUACAUGGACAGCUACUGAAAUCAAAUCAACUUUCUUCAUCCAAUAUUUUACCAUAUGGAUAUCGCAUUAAGGUGAAAUAUCCGAUGCAGUCACAUCUAGUAAACCACUACAGUGUCGGCCAGAUCAGUAUCAGAUACUUCCUAUACCCUGACAACAAAAGUGGCAGACUGCUGUCUGUGCACCAUCCAAGUAUUACCUCAACUCAUUACAACUUGUUCUCAUCUCUAGCUGUAAACAACAAUUCUUCUCAGAUGAGACAAUCUCAUAUUUUGAACUUGGAACCUGUGCUGAGCUGUAGUUUGAAACGGGGACUGAUUUCCAAGAAUUCAUACAACUUCCCAGAACUGAAGGAGGAAGAUUUAGAAGAGAGUUAUAUGAGAGGGAGUGGAGCUGGAGGUCAGGCUGUGGCAAAGACCAAUAACUGUGUGGUACUUCUUCAUAAACCUACAGGCAUCCAGGUCAAGAUGCAUGUGUCACGCUCACUUGAAGAAAACAGGAAGAGAGCAAGAGAGAAAAUGGUAGAAAAACUGGAUUUUCAUUUCAAUGGAGAAAACAGCUUUGCUGAACAAAAGAAGGCAGAGAAAAGAAAAGCUAAUAAAAAAAUGAAGAAAAAGGCGGAGCUUGUUCGUGAAAAAAUGAAACAAUUUAGGGAGGGACUUAACAAAAAUGAAAAUGGACCUGAUGUGAACUGAUUUUAAUGAUUGUGCCAAAAAUUAGUGGAAUUGAUAUUUCUGUAAAAUGAAACUGUUCCUAUCUUAAAUUUACAAAGUAAACACAGAUUUGACAACAUAGCCUAUAAUUUCCUGUAACUGUUAACAUACCUAGUUUAGUGGUAUAAUCUAGCACUUUUAGAGCUGUAAAUAUUGCUCUAAAAACUUAGUGCUAGUUUGUUUUCCGUAUUUUCUUGAUAUACUAGUAGUUGUUGAUGUGCUAAUUCAUUGUUUUAUCUUAUUUGCCAAAAAAUAAUAACAUAAAAACUGAAAAAUAAGCCCAUUCUAAAAAUAAGGCAAUAGUUUCUCACCUAACUAAAAACUGUAUUCCCAACUUUUGAAGAAAAUGUGCUAGCUUAUUUUUGAGUUUUUAGCUAUUGUGCAUCGUCUGUUGUCGUGCACCAUGCGCCAUUCAUCAUCUGUAAAAUUUUCCUGUAAAACACUAAUCUGGCUUAACGUCUGGUCUGAAACAUCAUUGGGAGUGGGGAAUAAUUUCUUAAAUUCAGAAAGUUGAUUUGACCCCUUGAGGUUGGUGGGACCCGAAAUAGGAAUGUUUGUCAAUAUUUUGCUUCAAAGUGCUAUUAGACAAAAUUUGGUCUGAAACAUCAUUGAGACUGGAGAAAUAUUUUAGCAAUUCAGAAAUUUGAUUUAGCCCCUAGAAACUUUGGCGUAAGGCCCAAAAAAGGAAAGUUAGACAAUAUUUUGCUUCAAAAUGCUACUCUUGCUUAAUGUUUAAAUGGAUUUCAACCAAAUUUUGUCUGAAACAUCAUUGAGAGUGGGAAAUAAUUUCUAAUAUUCAAAAAAUUGAUUCGAUCCUUAGGGAAAAUUAUUAAAUAAUUUUGCUACAAAACGCUACUCUUCCUCAAGGCUUUAAUGCAUUUAAACCAAAUGUACUAUAAAACAUCAUUGUGGGUGGAGAAUCAUUUCUUAGAUUCAGAAAGUUGAUUUGACCACUAGAGACUUAGAGGUGGGGCUCCAGAAGGGGAAGUUAGACAAUAUCUUGCUUCAAAACACUACUCCUUAAUGCCUUGGUAGAUUUCGACCAAAUUUGGUCUGAAACAUUACACAGUACUAAUAUGAUUUCUAUUGUUGUGAUAAGUAGAGAUUACUGGAGCUGCAUGGUAAUGUGUUGACAGGCUGAUUGGUGUGUAAUACUGCAACAUCACUGACUCUCCUAGCACCUAAUUCUGGUGAUUGUGGACGUUAUCAACAGUCUUAAGUACCUUAUUCUGGUGGUUGUGGGCGUUAUCAACAGUUCUAAAUACCUUAUUCUGGUGAUUUUAGAUGCCAACAAUAGCCCAAGUGACAUUACAUGUGAAUUUUGAACUACUGAAAUAAUAAUGAUAUUUAUAUAAUCCUUCACGUAUAAAUGGUUGAUUGCUGUAAUUGUGUUUGGGAGGAGAUUGAUUGUACCAACACACCUGGGUUGUUUCAAUAAAUGACAAUGGACAGUGAAGGGUUCCAGGUUACCAAGGACAUGUACAAUGGCCUCACCAUAGACACAAGUAAACAGGACUGGAAGGAAGCUCUUCCAGGAGAUAUACAUCAACAACUACAAGAUGCCAUUGAAAAAUGGAAGACUUCUGGUGUUAGAGCUCUGUGGGUGAAAGUACAUAAGAAACAUUCAUCAUUUGUUACCGUUUGUGUACAGCUUGGAUUAGAUUUCCACCAUGCCAAACCAGGAUAUGUGAUGUUGAAUCAAUGGCUAGCUGAAUCUGAAGAGAAUAGACUACCUGGAUUUGCUAACCAGUAUUUAGGUGUGGCAGGCUUUGUCAUCAAUGAUGACAACCAGGUCCUGGUGAUUCAGGAGAGAUUCAACAUUAUUCAAAAACACUGGAAACUUCCUGGAGGAUUGGCAGAUGAAGGUGAGGACCUGGCAGUCACAUCUCGGCGGGAGGUAUUUGAGGAGACAGGAGUUGAAGCCGAGUUUGUAUCUGUAUUAACAUUCCGACACCAACAUAACUUCCGCUACGGCUGCUCUGAUUGGUACUACAUCUGUUUGAUGAAGGCGGUGGGUGGGUCUAUCAACCCUUGUCCUCAAGAAAUAGCAGAGUGCAAGUGGAUGGAUAUAGACGAGUAUGCCAGCCACCCCUCACUGACAGACACCAAUAAGUUUGUUGUACAGUGCUAUAAAGAACAUAUUGCUCGCGGCAACUCCGUGUCAAUAUUUGCCACUCCCAUCCUCUCUUACAACAAGAAAACCUACCACAAUAUAUACAGUAUACAGUCAUCCCACAACACACAUACCAAAUCAGGCCAAGAGGAAACCGACACAAGCUGAAAUAUAAGUGGCAAUCAAAGUUAGGAUACUAAUAUAUAUAUAUAUAUAUUUUUAAAAUUGUAAUCUUUUAAAAGUUUUAUAGGGACAUUUAUGAACAGGAAUGUUAAAACUUUUUAUGCAAAUUGAUGAAUGAAAAUUAAUUAAACAGACAACUAUGUUCUUAUAUGUAUUUUAUUAAUAAAAGAUAUCAAUUUAUAGACAGAAAUAUCUGCCUCUGAAAUUGUUGACUACAGAAUAAGCUUUCCGUAUCCGUCAGUCUUAUUCACUGCAAAGAUGGAUUUUUUUAGCCAACUACCAUCAGAUAACCUGCCUUUCAUGUCUGUCUAUCUCUUCUAUAAUCCAUUCAACUCUAAUUCACUCUUCAGUGAUUCAAAUUUUCACAUUCCUUGCUAACUCUUUGAAGCAAAAAUGUUGUAAUUUACAAGAAAGUCCUGUAAUGGACAAUGGUUUUCUCCGUUAAUUUUAUUUUCAGGGUUUCUAUAUUUUCACAAUAUCAAAAAACUGAAAAUUAGAUACUCUCGAAAUUAACCACCUAUAGAGUAUUCCUCUGUCAAGCCACAACUGAUCCAAUGGUCCUACUGUAACAUUAGUCAUUUUGAGAUGGAAGGUAUUUUUAAUUGUACAGAUAUACUCAGGGAACAAAAGUAUAUAUAUAAACUUUAUCUAUUUUACAACAAUUGCAAAACAAGCUAUCAGCUUAUAUCAACCACUCUUGUUGGCUUGGAUGAAAACAUGAAGGGGUCUUACCAUGGAUCACCCAUGGAAAACCCAUGUGAUCUGGCAUGUGACCCCGUACUUUUUCAUGUCCAUUCCGGUAAUUGAACCUCGGACAUUUGGUGAAAGGCAGGUGCGUUACUGUUUCAUCACCCAAUCACCCUGAUCCAAAGUGUCCAAGUAUACUCAGGUGAACAGUGUUUGGAUUACCAAACAUGAACUGAUAGUGACAGGUAAAUACUGGAGAAUAAAUAUUUGUAUAAUCCUGGUGCUUGAUGAUCAAGAAAGAUUCAAAGUGUAAUUAGAAGUAUUUGCUUAGGAGAGAAAUUUAUAUAUGAUUAUCAACGUAACAUACAUACAUAGAGUCGAGGACAGUUAUGUUAAAUAAGAUUGGUUGUAGACUAAAUAAAUAAACAUAAUAAAUUUAUGUAAUGAAGGUUAAAAGAGGAUUAAACAUUUACUGGAAUAAAGGUGAA